AUAAGGCCCAUAUAUCUCGAAGAAUUUGCACCUCUCACACAUUACUUGCAUAAUUGCAUUUCCUAUUUCUUCACUUAGAGAGAGAGAGAGAGAGAGAGAGAGAGAGAGAGACAUUCCGGGCUGAAAGUGCGAGAGAAAUGACGAUAGUGGACGGAGUGGUUGAGGAACUGGUAACACAGGGGGUAAACUCGUUGGUCCGAAUUGUGUCGGACAAUGUGUCGCUGGUUCGUGGCAUAAAUUCUGAGAUAAAAGAUCUCACCUCCGACAUCCAAAUGUUCAACGCCAGGCUGGUGGAAGCUUCCAAGAACCCAAGGGCCAAUGACCACCAAGUUUUGAGACUAAUAGUGAAUAAAUUUGGAAGUGUUGUGAAUGAAGCCGAGGAUACGAUUGCGGACUACGUUGUACUGAAGAAGAAACAUGGAGGCAGUGCCUUGUCAAAAUCUUUGGAUAAGAUUCCACUAUGUGGAAAGGUGAGUGCCUAUGCGAGCGAGAUCCAGUCAAUUAGGAGAAAGAUGAAUGCAAUUCGGCAAGAGCACGAACAAGAACUUCAAUACCUCAUGCAGUACGAAAUCAAAGACGAAGACAUGGCUUUGAAAACUUUCCACCAGGUUAUGCUUUUAAACCGAGCACCCUCAUCAGUAUUGCUUUUUAAUCAGCGUUUUAAGCUUACAAGAAGAGAGAUCAAAGUGAAAGAAAGACCAAAAAAAAAAAAAAAAAAACUUUCUUUUUACCAACGUCUCAUUGGAUUUGACCCAAUAGCUUGAUGUACAAAAAGAAAU